AUGGGGCAGCGGAAUAAAGUUUUAGAGACUGACACCCCUACUGCAAAAUUCCUCUAUACAAUCAUCAAGCAAUUGGAUCUGAAGUCGGUUGAUUGGAAUAGGGUCGCUUCUGAUGUCGAAAUCUCCAAUGGCCACGCUGCUCGUAUGCGGUAUUCCCGCUUCCGACAACAGAUGGAAGGAAACACAGGAGCUAGCAAACCAAAGCGAAAGAGUAAAAAGCCAAAGACCAUAGAGCCCCCUCCUCAGAUACAAGGGAUAUUUCCAAUGGCUCCACCGCUCAUGAUGCCCACCAUGGAAUCGAUCGAUUCUUCUCUUCCGGGUAACCCAUUUGUGAAGUGCGAGCCGGGAACUCAAGGCAAUGCAAACCUACAGAGCCUUACGCAGCAUUCUCCACACUUGAUGCUGGAGACAAGCACCGAAGGACAAUAUUAUCUUCCUCAAGAUUUUGCCUCGAUGCAGUUCCAGCUGGCUUCAACCAUACCAUCUAGGAUACCAUCGCCGAGUCCCGCAACAUCGUCGUCCUUCAUGAAUCCGUACCAGUUCCCAACAGCACCAAGUGGCUAUCCUUAUUCAUCAUCCAGCAUUCAAUCUGGCAUUGACUUGCAGGAGUUUGAACAACCGCAUCCUUUCAUCAAUUAUGCCCCAACCAUCACCUGGGAACCACUCCCUCCAUCUCGCCAGGAAGACCCGACUGUAAAGAUCGAAGAAGAACAGCAGACUGAGGAGAGGAUAGAGAGUACAGAGAAUCAGGAGGAUCAGCCUGUGGUUGUCAAAGUUGAAAAUAUCCAAGAUUGA